GCGAAAAAUUUGAAAUUGGUGUGGGAGAUGGCGGACGUUGUGGAGGUGUUUCGGGAGGCGUGCGAGCGCUUUGGCUGGAGCAAGUAUGCCAGCAUCCAGGCGGCGCUCACCCAGCUGGCCCGGGAUACGGCAUCAGGCAAACCCACGCAUGUGCGGGGAGCCAGCAGUUGUAGCGACAAGGAAAACGGAGUCACUGGUAAUGGUGCGGACGUGGGGCCGAAAGAGGCCCACAACAAACACUUGACUCAGCCGAGAAGGAGAAGCUCGGCAGUUGGCGGAAGGGACCUGCGAUCACGCCUGCGUCGCCGCAGCCACUUUGUGCACGUGCGCCAGGAAGAGCUUGAGCAGCUGAGGAUGGAGGACGGCUGGCAGAGCCCAACGUCUCCAAAUGCAGAAAGGGACAGCGACUUUGACAUUGACGGCGAAGAAGACGAGGAAGAGGAAGAAGAAGAAGAAGAAGAAGAAGAAGAAGAAGAAGAAGAAGAAGAGGAGGAGGAGGAGGAGGAGGAGGGGGCCGAAGACGAAUUGUAUGACGAGGAGGAAGAGGAGGCAGAAGAAGAAGAGGAAGACAGCGGCGAGGAAGAGGGGCAAGAAGGGGCAAGCAGUGGUGAACAUGGAACCGAAAACGAGGAUGAUGGCAGGCAAGAAGACAGCGAUGAAGAAGAGAGCUUCCAGGAUGCGUUGAGCGAGCUUGAGGUCGGCACCAGCCCCAUCUGUCCACUGAGGAACACACGGUCACAGCGCAGGGCUCGUGAACAGCAGCACAACGGACAAGACACGGCACCUGCAUCCUCAGCAACCACACAACCAUCGACUCGCCCACAGCCGCAGCCACGCUCACACCAAAGGAAACACAGAAAGCUGCAGGCAACAUCGACGUGGCAGGAGGUGCGUGUGCGCCAGCACGCCCGCGGCAGUGGUGUGGGCGACGAUCAUGGCAACGGUGAUGGUGAUGAAGAUGACGACUUUGGUUGUGGCCACGACAGUCAGGCCGAGGAGAUUGACAAGUUCGAUAGUGAUGCGGAGGUGAACACGAGCGGCAACAGCAGUCGGUUGGCGAUGGCGGAUGCCGAGGACUUGGCGGAGACGCGCGACACUGAUGAUGAUGAGCUGCACAGCGGCAACGACAACUGCUACCAGGAGGACUCGUUCUUGGAGAUGGAGAGUGAUGGAGGCGACAGCGCAGGCGACUCGGAUGCUGAUUUUGUCGUUUCCAGGGGCCAGCAGGGCCGCAGUGAUGGCGAUGACAAGGAGUUCACGGAUGACGAUGACGAGGACGAUGACGACGAGUAUGCAGAUGAUGAUGCGGAUGGUGAUGAGUGUAGCCAUGAUGAGAAUGAUGAAGAUGGUGCUGAGUAUGAGGAAGAGUAUGCACAUGGCGAUGCAGCGAUGCGUGAUGUUGGUCGGCGCAGCCAGUUCAGCACUUCGCGAGCUGACAGCAGCUUUGACAACGCUGAGGCCGAUGAUGAAUGGACGCCAUCGCCAAUGCCAACGCGCACGCACAGACGCACACGAGAACACGCGCAUUCCCGUGGAUCAUACGCACCACCGCCUUCAUCAUCACCGUCACCGUCAACUUCACGGAUGCGUCGUCGUACCGACAGCUUUCAGGACGAAGCAGACGGUGCUGACGAAUUGCAGCUGCACAGCCGCCUGCCACCAAAGAUGGUUCUCUCAAGCGACGACGAUCAAGGCAGCGAUGAUGACGAAAGCACACGACAUGGUCAUGUUGUGUCGGCAGCCACCACAACAAAAGACAUUGAGGCAAAGGGAUUUUCGCCGCAUGUCACGACACCACCCAGCUCUGUUGAUGGCAGUCCACUUGUCAUUCGGGCGCGCCCCACCGCGACGGCAGUAGCAACAGCAACAGCAACAACAGCAACGACAACAGCAACGACAACAUCGGCAUUCAAGACAGUGCUGAUUGUCUCCAGUGACGAGGAUGACGAGGCAGAUGUUGAGCUUGAUGACGAUGAGGAGGAUGAGGAGGAAGAUGAGAAGGAGGAUGAGAGUAAGGAAGAAAAAGAAGGCGGGUAUGUGCAUGGGUCAAGCCGCAAGUCAGAUGAUGAUUAUGAGGAAGAGAGUGAUGGCAGUGAUGGCAGUGACGAUAGCGAAGUUGAGGCGUUGGGGACACGUCUGCUCAAGCGGUUUGGGCAACUUGACAUCAGCACAAUUAAGGACGACAGCCACGGUCGUGCGGACAAGAGUUAUGGGACCACGGACAGCAACAGCGGCAGCCGCAGCAGUCGAAGCAGUUGUGGCGACUCGCCCGACACCGGGUUUCAGUUUCACACGCCCGAGCGCAAGAUCCCGUCAUGGGUUGACCUGACACCGCGCCGGCGCGACGGCAGUGGCAAGCGCCUCACCGACACGCCCUUGACGCCGCGCAACAAGCAGCGCAGCACGUGCAAGACCGCACGCAAGGGGCGGGUGCGGUUCUCACAGCGACGCGAGGAGCGUGCGCGAGAGCUGUAUGCCCUGUACAAUCAAAAGGGCUUUCGCAACGCGCUUCCCCACGACUUGCGGAUUGAGUGGAAGAAGACGCUCAACACCACCGCUGGUCGCGCCAUUCUUCAGCGCAGGGCAGGGCUCCAUUUCGCCUUUAUCGAGCUCUCCACGAAGGUGAUUGAUGACGACGAGCGAUUGCAAAACACGCUGGCGCACGAGAUGUGCCACGUGGCUGCGUGGUUGUUGAAGGGCGUGUGCAAGCCUCCGCAUGGCGCGGCCUUCAAGGCAUAUGCGGCGCAGGUGAUGCAGGCGUUUCCUUCGCUCAACAUCACGACGUGCCACUCGUACGACAUCCAGUUCAAGUACCAGUACCAGUGCACGACGGCAUGGUGUGGGCAUGUGUAUGGCCGGCACUCCAAGUCCAUCAACGUGGAGCGCCAGCGGUGCGGGCGGUGUAUGGGCACGCUGCAGCUCCUGCCCCAGCUCAAGGCAGACGGCACGCCACGCAAGAAGCGCGCCCCAAACAAGUUCGCUCUCUUCGUCAAGGAGAACAUGAAGGCGUUCAAGCAGAGGCAUCCUGGCGUGCCACAUGGAAAUCUCAUGAAGUUGUUGGGCGAGGCCUAUCGAAGUCAACAGGGCAGCAGCUGACGCAAGCACACGAUGUGACACAUCCGUGAGAGAGAGUGACCAGAUAGAGCGUGUGUGGGGGGGGGGGAAG